UCUGGCAAAACCGAAAACAAGCCAAAGAAGACAACAUCUAGCCAACGAAAAGUAUUAAGAGGAGGCCAAACCCAAAAAAAAACCGAGGACCCAUGCAAAUUCUGGUGAAAUCUCUUCGCUGGAGCUGGAGUUUCAGCUAGUACACAGAUACAACUGGCAGAUAGAUUGCUUUGGGGAGCACAUUUCCUUGGUACUUUGGUACUGGGACGACAGUGGGACGAGACUGUUUGUUUAUUGCAUCCAUCGAGGAGAUCCCGAUCCCAAACCCGAAACCCCAUUCCACACGAUGCACGCCAUAGAUCGUCGGUUGCUGGUGGUGCAAUAGCAAUAGCAAUCGCCAGAUAAAUUCUAAUAAAUAGCCAGACAACAGAGAAUACUUGGCAUAAAAAUAAAUAAGAAUCGAGUGGAAGAACGCGGAACGAACAGCACACAGCGAACUCCGCACGCAUUGCCACAGAUUUUGGAAACUGGGAAUCUCGCAUUCAGUUUGAGGUGUCGAGUGCAUUGGCCAGACCGAUCGGGUCAUAAUCCCCACGGACCCCUCUGGACCACUUCUGGAUUUCUGAGGCAUCAUAGACGUAGGUCGCGGCCAAAAAGUGUUCCAAGGCAGGAGCAGAGGCAACCGGAGCGAGGUGUACACUUUUGGCACCAUGGAGGGCGGUUACGUCAACGAAGAGGAUUCUGACGCCAUAAUGGGUGUGGAAAGUCCAGCCAUCAUAUCCUAUACCAAUCCCAAACUGCAAAUACCAUUAAUGGCAUCUGCAAUCUAUGCGCCCACCACCACAUCAACAUCACCGACAGCCGGCACUCCGACUUCAGCCACCGCAGCCACAUCCCAAAAUGCAUCUGCUUCAUUAUCAUCACCAGCAGGUCCUUCUUCGUCGCCAGGAUCUGCCCCCGCGGGCGCAGGGGGAGGUCCUCUCCAAGGAUUCGUUGCCAAAUUGCGUAAUUUUAAAUUCCAGGACACGAAAAAUAUAAGAAAACGUUUCCAUUUCGAUUACAUUUCAAAGGACAGAUUUUUGGGAGGUCAGCUCAAGACCAAGAAUGGACAGAAAUACGUUUUCAAUGGACCUCCGUCGGGGGUUUAUGUUUCCAAAGCCUGCCUGAUCAUCGCCGCCUUCAUCACAGUUCUGGCCUUGCUUUUCACCAUUGUGAUUACCUAUUUUGUGACCAGACAGGGAUUCCCGCCCAAGGAGGCGACUCCCAGUUGCAUCACCAACGAUCAUCAUGAUGUUAAUGCGACGCCCAUCCAAACGGCAGGAUGGGUGAGCAUGAAUUCUCCGCCGCCCUUGGAUGGGGCCACGCCCACUCCAACGCCUACGCCCACUACCACAACAAGUAAAGCCACUACCACUACAGCAACCUUGGCCACGCCCACUUCAACGGAGGCGGACGAAAUAAAGUUGGUGGAUCCCAAAGUGGGUGAUAUACCAGUGGUGGUGACUCCCAUCGAGGAAAUCGAGGACAACACCACCAAGCCCACAAAUCGUCCACUCAAACUAUACGAAGGAUGGCGCCCACUUCACUAUAGCCUGAUAAUUGAACCCAGUGCGGAAACAUCAAGCAGCAAUGGCAGUUUGACCAUCGAGAUCGAGAGGGAUGUGACCAAGGUGACCAGCUGGGAGCCCAUUGUGCUGGAUGUGCACAAUGUCAGUAUCUCCAAUGUCCGGGUGAUUCGUGCCCUGCCAACUAAACCGGGCAGUGUCAACGAGGAGCAGGAGCUGGAAUUUGACAGCGACUAUGGAGAGGAUAAUGCCACCUUUGUGAUCGGUUUGGAUAAGGCUUUGGCGGGGGAAAACCAGCUGCGACUGAUGCUCAGUCUGGACUUCAUCAGCCAGGUGACGGACACUCUGCAGGGCGUCUACAAGACCAGCUAUACAAAUCCGGAUACCAAUAAAGAAGAAUGGAUGAUCAGCACUCAGUUCUCGCCCAUCGAUGCCCGUCGCGCCUUUCCCUGCUUCGAUCGUCCCGACAUGAAGGCCAACUUCUCAAUCAGCAUUGUGAGGAGCCUGCAGUACAAGAUGGCCCUCUCGAAUAUGCCCAAAUCCCACACCAGUCGCUAUCGCAAGGGUUAUGUGAGGGAUGACUUCUUGAUCACACCCAAGAUGCCCACAUAUCUGGUGGCUUUCAUAGUUUCUAAUAUGCAAGAUUCCCGAUUCGCGACAUUGGACAGUGAAAUGACGCCGCGAGUGGAGAUUUGGUCGCGACCGCCGUUCAUGGAUAUGACCCAUUAUGCCUAUAAGAUGGUGCGAAAGUUCCUGCCCUACUACGAGGAUUUCUUUGGCGUGAAGAACAAGCUGCCCAAGAUCGAUUUGGUUUCGGUGCCGGACUUUGGAUUCGCUGCCAUGGAAAACUGGGGACUGAUAACCUUCCGGGACUCGGCUCUCCUGGUGCCCGAGGAUCUGGAGCUGGCUUCCUCCUCGGAGCACAUGCAGUAUGUGGCCCAGAUUAUAGCCCACGAAUUGGCACAUCAGUGGUUUGGCAAUCUAGUGACCCCCAAGGGGUGGGAUGAUCUGUGGCUGAAGGAGGGCUUCGCCUGUUAUAUGAGCUAUAAGGCUUUGGAGCACUCGCACCCAGAGUUCCAGAUCAUGGACACUCUGACCAUGUUGGAGUUCAAGGAGUCCAUGGAGCACGAUGCGGAUAACACCUCGCAUUCCAUUUCCUUUGAUGUGAAGUCAACCAACGAUGUGAGGCGCAUCUUUGAUCCGAUUAGCUAUUCCAAGGGCACCAUCCUGCUGCGCAUGCUCAAUUCGAUUGUGGGCGAUGUGGCCUUCCGGGCGGCCACUCGGGAUUUGCUCAAGAAAUAUGCAUAUGGGAACAUGGAUAGGGACGACCUGUGGGCCAUACUCACCCAUCAUGGCCAUAAGGAGGGCACUUUGCCCCAGGAUCUGAGUGUCAAGCAGAUCAUGGACUCGUGGAUCACCCAGCCCGGCUAUCCGGUGGUCAAUGUGGAGCGACGUGGUGCGGAUCUGGUGCUCAGUCAGGAGCGCUACCUGCUGCCCUCCAAGAAUUCAGCGGAUCAGAGUAGUUGGUUCAUCCCAAUUACCUUUGAAACCGAUGAAUUGCACAAGGGUGACAAUAUACCUACCCACUGGAUGAGGAGUCAGGACGAGAACGAGCUCAUCAUCGGGAAUGUCUUCACGCACAACAGCAACAGCGAUAAUGUGAUCUAUCUGAAUCUCAACCGACAGGGUUACUAUCGGGUGAACUACGAUAUGACCUCUUGGCUGGCGUUGAAGAAGAACUUUAGCACCUUGCCCCGGAUCACAAGAGCCCAGUUGCUGGACGAUGCACUGCAUCUGUCGCAGGCGGAGUAUCUCACCUAUGACAUACCAUUGACCUUCCUGAUGGAGCUGUUUGAUGCCGUGGAUGAUGAGUUGCUUUGGAGUGCCGCCAAACCUGGUCUCAACUAUCUCAUUUACAAUCUGAAGAGGGAGCCUGCUUACGAGACCUUUAGGGCCUUCAUGAAGUUCAUUGUGCGUCCCGCCUUUGAUCAUUAUGGUCUGAACGAGCCGGAUAAUGAGUCCCAUUUGCAACUGAAACAUCGCGCUUUGGUGGCCUAUUUUGCCUGCAAAUUCAACUAUGAUCGCUGCACCCAAGUGGCGCAGGUGAAGUUCCGCGAAUGGAUGCGCGAUGCCAAAAAGAAUCCCAUAAAGCCAAAUCUGAAGUCUGUGAUUUACUGCACAUCUCUGGCCGAGGGUUCUUCACCGGAAUGGUAUUUCGCCUAUAAGCAAUACAAGACAACCACGAGUGCUUCGGAAAAGGAAGAGAUACUGACCUCGCUGGGCUGCACCACCAAACCCUGGCUGCUGUCCAAAUACCUCAAUAUGACCAUCAAUCCCACAUCGGGUAUAUUGAAACAGGAUGGAGCCUUGGCCUUCCGGGCAGUGGCCUCCAAUGCCAUUGGUCAUGAGAUAGCCUUUGAUUUUCUGCAGGGCAACAUCAAGGAGAUUGCUGAAUACUAUGGCGAUGGCUUCUCCACUCUGUCCGAGAUGAUCAAAUCAUUGACCAUCUACAUGAACAAGGACUAUCACAAGCACCAACUUCUGGACCUGGCCGCCACCUGUCGAAAACUGGGACUGAAGGCCGUGGAAUCUGCCAUCAACUUGGCCAUGGAGCAGGUCAACAAUAAUAUCUACUGGCGCAGCCAUUCUUACCACAGCCUGAAGAACUUCCUCGAAGGCAUCGUCAGCGAGUUCCAGAUCAACAUCUUCUAGAUGAUCAUCGCCGUAGGGAAUAGAGGGGAAAAUUCAAAUUGAUUUCAACCAAAAAAACAAAAACGCGAUUUAGUUACCAUUAUUUGUAUUCGUGCAAAGGCCUCAAAUUAAUUUAAUGAAACGAAUUAUUUGCGAAAAGUGAUAUAAACGUGUAAGUUAGGCAGCAUAAUUUAGGUAACCGAUUACUUUUUGCAAUUGUAUAUUUAUUUAUUUGUAAGACGCGCUUCUUCAGCUUCUUCGCAUUGCUCUGCAAGGUUCCUACUAAAAAUAGAAAGCGACCGGAAAACCCACAUAGUUCGAAUAAAACUCUCAUUCAUCAGUUUUAGUCCAAAACACCAAUAUAUAUCUGCCACAAAAUAUCUAAUGCUGCUUGUGUAAAAUCUAUAUUACCUAUACGUAUGAUUGUCAAGUACUUUAUGUUCGCACACCCUUAGAUCCUAAGUGAAUCAAUCUAGCACUAAGAGAACCAAAAAUCUAUUUUGUAGUCGAUCCAAUCAAGAUGUUUAGAAGGCCAUGGGAAGAAAGUAUAUGGAAGUUAGGCUUCGGGGUUAGGAAGAUAUUGAAACUGAGUGUCCUUAAUGCAUGGUUUAAAAUGUUUGCUAAAGCAAGGAUAGUACACACACAUACACACAAAUAUAUUUAUUAAUGUACGAGUACCUAUUAUGUAUUUUGUAAAGCCCAACACGGAAUUACUUGUAUCGCUGCUGCACAACCAUGUAAAUAAGUUUUAAAGCUUACACUAAACAUUUAAAUAAACUAUGUAUUUACGUAAUUUUA